AUGUCUAUAGUGAAUAUUGUUGCCAGGGAGAUCCUGGACUCCAGGGGAAACCCCACUGUGGAAGUAGAUCUGCAUACUGGCAAAGGUGUGUUCAGGGCUGCUGUGCCCAGUGGUGCAUCCACCGGCAUCUACGAGGCUCUUGAGCUCCGAGAUGGAGACAAGACUCGCUACAAGGGCAAAGGUGUAACCAAAGCUGUUGGUCACAUUAAUGACACCCUUGGACCAGCCCUCAUCCAGUCUGGAAUCAAUGUGUUGGAGCAGGAGAAACUGGACAACAUGAUGAUUGAAAUGGACGGCACUGACAACAAAUCUAAGUUUGGGGCCAAUGCUAUUCUUGGAGUAUCACUGGCCUUAUGCAAGGCUGGAGCAGCGGAGAAAGGUGUCCCCCUGUACCGCCACAUUGCUGAUCUGGCUGGAAACGGAGAGCUGGUCCUCCCAGUUCCUGCUUUUAAUGUGAUCAAUGGGGGCUCCCAUGCUGGGAACAGACUGGCUAUGCAGGAGUUCAUGGUACUUCCUGUAGGGGCGGAGUCUUUCCGUGAUGCUCUGCGCAUGGGGGCGGAGCUCUACCAGACACUCAGAGGUGUCAUCAAGGAGAAGUACGGUCAGGAUGCUACAAAUGUGGGAGACGAGGGAGGGUUUGCCCCCAAUAUACAAGAGAACAGUGAAGCCCUGGAGCUGAUAAAGACGGCCAUAGAGAAAGCAGGAUUCACAGACAAAGUGGUGAUAGGGAUGGAUGUCGCUGCCUCAGAGUUUUUCAGUGAGGGCAAGUAUGACCUGGACUUCAAGUCUCCACCUAACGCUGCCCGCAACAUCAGCGGUGAGGAGCUGGCCAGCAUCUACCAGGGCUUCAUUAACAACUACCCAGUGGUGUCUAUUGAAGAUCCUUUUGACCAGGACGACUGGCCCGCUUGGUCACAGUUUACAGCCUCAGUGGGCAUUCAGGUGGUCGGAGACGAUCUGACGGUCACAAACCCACGCAGGAUACAACGAGCCGUGGACGACAAGGCCUGCAACUGCCUGCUGCUUAAAGUCAACCAGAUCGGCUCUGUUACAGAGGCCAUCAAGGCGUGUAAGCUGGCCCAGGAGAACGGUUGGGGUGUGAUGGUGAGCCACCGCUCAGGAGAAACAGAGGACACUUUUAUAGCUGACCUGGUGGUUGGUCUCUGCACUGGACAGAUCAAGACUGGAGCUCCCUGUCGAUCAGAACGUCUGGCCAAAUACAAUCAGCUCAUGAGGAUUGAGGAAGAGUUGGGUGACCAGGCUCGCUUUGCUGGACACAACUUUCGUAAUCCCAGUGCCCUUUGA